GAAAAAGUGGUAAGCUAGUAGUAGUGCAGUAAGUAGUUCGUUUUCUAUGGUGAAGAUGGGAAUAACUAGGAGAAGAUCUCUUGCUGGUUCUAAUCUCUUCCUGGUGUUGAUAAUUUCCAUAUAUGUCUGUACAGAUAUGGCAUCAGCGACAAGGUGGCAAGAUAUUUGUACCCUUGGGGAUACAUACAUAGAGAGAGACUAUGCAGCUCCUGGGUCUUGCGACAACUGCAUAGUCUUUUGCAUGGGUCAAUGUUCGAGCUUUGGGACUUCGAUACUAAAAAAUCCGUGCAACUACACUUCACGAACUAAUCCUGUGAAUUGCCAGUGUUGCUGCAGCAAACGACCAUCCACUUCACCACAACUUCCUGCAACUCCUUCAACCGUUGGCCAAUUUACCGACGGAGAUAUUACGGAUAUAUGUACUUUUGCACCUGAUCAAAAGUAUCUACCGAUUAACCAUGCAAAAGGCACAGAUUGUGUUCUCAGUCCUCAAUGUGAGAACAAAUGUCAGGAAAGAGGUCUGUUAAGUGCAGGGUCACAGUGUGUGGGAAGCUUAAUAUCUAGUGAAGAAGCAUACACUUGGAUCGAGCAGUGUUGCUGCCGAACCCCUCCUCCACCACCUCCAUCCCCACCACCUCCAUCUCCACCACCACCACCACCCCCAUCUCCACCUACACCAUCUCCAUCCCCACCGCCACCACCUUCUCCAUCUCCUCCGCCACCACCAUCACCUCCACCUCCAUCUCCAUCGCCAACUCCACCAUCUCCAUCACCACCACCACCACCACCUCCAUGUCUAUCCCCACCCUCACCAGGAACUUGCUGUGGAUGUUGUAACGCGAACAUCAAUAUUCAGAUCUCCGUAAAAUCAGGUUGCAACGCCAAAGUAUUAACACCGUCGUCAUUUUCUGUUGCUAGGUAGCCUCUAAUUAAUUGCUGAAAGAUGUUACUAAUAAAAACGAACGAAAAUAUCCAUUAAU